CCGACGCCCGCCCACUCUAGCCGGGCCGCCGCCGCCGCCGCCUCGAAGGAUCCGGGAGCGGGAGCGACAGUCCGGAGCCGGUCGGAACCGCCGCCGCCGCCGCCAUGGGGAACCGCGUUGCGCGGGAAGACUUCGAGUGGGUCUACACCGACCAGCCCCACGCCGACCGGCGCCGGGAGAUCCUGGCAAAGUAUCCAGAGAUAAAAUCCUUGAUGAAGCCUGAUCCCAACCUGAUAUGGAUUGUCAUUAUGAUGGUUCUCACCCAGUUGGCUGCAUUUUACUUAGUGAAGGACUUGGACUGGAAAUGGGUCCUAUUUUGGGCAUAUGCCUUUGGCAGCUGCAUUAACCAUUCAAUGACUCUGGCCAUUCACGAAGUUUCCCACAACAGUGCCUUUGGCCACUACAAAUCCAUGUGGAACCGCUGGUUUGGAAUGUUCGCGAAUCUUCCUAUUGGUGUUCCAUACUCCAUUUCCUUUAAGAGGUAUCACAUGGAUCAUCACCGCUACCUUGGAGCGGAUGGCAUCGAUGUGGAUAUUCCAACCGAUUUUGAAGGCUGGUUCUUCUGUACCACUUUCAGGAAGUUCAUAUGGGUUAUUCUUCAGCCUCUCUUCUAUGCUUUUCGACCUCUGUUCAUCAACCCCAAGCCAAUCACUCACCUGGAAAUAAUCAAUACUGCGGUCCAGCUCACAUUUGACGUGAUCAUUUACUACGUUUUGGGAAUUAAGUCUUUAGUCUACAUGUUGGCAGCAUCCUUACUUGGUCUAGGUUUGCAUCCGAUUUCUGGACAUUUUAUAGCUGAACAUUACAUGUUCUUAAAGGGACAUGAAACUUACUCGUAUUAUGGGCCUCUGAAUCUACUUACCUUCAACGUGGGUUACCAUAAUGAGCACCACGACUUCCCCAACAUUCCUGGAAAAAAUCUCCCACUGGUGAGGAAGAUAGCUGCUGAGUACUACGACAGCCUGCCCCACUACAACUCCUGGAUCAAAGUCCUGUACGACUUUGUGACGGAUGAUACAAUCAGUCCCUAUUCGAGAAUGAAGCGGCACCAGAAAGGCAAGGUGGAGCUGGACUGAAUGUGGCCACAGCCAAAGGAAUUCCUCUCAAGCCCCCCAGUAGCCACAGGUGGAAUUCAGCGGUCAGCUGCCGGCGUACAGUCACAGUAUGGCCUCCCCUGGUACCAAGAAGCUAAUCUGGCUCAGCGGACAGCCUGUCCAUGCAGUGUUCGGCUUUCCUUCAGGAAACGUGUUCGUGUCUUGUUGUUGAGGAUGGCGUUUGACAUUUAUGAGCAGAUCAUAAAGAGCUUUUACAAAGCUACUUCUCCUAUUUUAUUUUCACUAUGAAUCGUUACUUUCUUAUAACAGCUAGUAGCCUGAGCAAUUAGUCACAAUAAAUAGUAUUUAUCGCAUUUUUGUACUUGACUGUCUUUGUAUGACUCUGCUCAUCAGGGUGCUGGUGAGGCGACUGUAAAAUUCCGCCAGGAAAAACAAAAGGCCUGGGAGUAUCUUUCACUGCGAGCUGAAUUUCUCGUUUUUAAUUUUCACAGUUGUACCUGGGACCUAAAUUAGACACUGCUGAGCCCUGCACAGCCUUAUCAAUAAAGUCCUUAAUGGAUCUAA